GAGACACGCUAUCGGUUACUUGUUGCUCCUGAAUGUAACGGACGUCGAAACAUAUUUAUCAACACUACCGUUCAAAAUUCGUGCACAACGGCAACCGACGACACAGCGAACUCCGAUUACAGCAGCAGCCGAAAUAACAAUAAACAUUUGUUGUGCUCAGAGUAAAAAAUCACUUGACAGAUAGCUGAAGAUGCACACAAACACGUGCCACUGCAGCUGCCCAAGUGGUGAGUAAGUGGUACAUAAGGGCUAGCAAGACUCAGCCCAAGGCACUUGCAUUUUCUGUUUCCAAACUGAAACAAUAUGAAAAUUCUGUUAACAAUCAUUUUGCUGGGCUGCAUCUGUGCAAGCUCUGCUGAAAAGGAAGUCAAGAAUAUCGAACAGCUGGUGGCGGAGAAUACCAAGGAACUAAGCGACACCAAGCUUAUACUACAUCACAUUGAUGCCACAAACGAACGAAUUAAGGCCAGCAUAGAGCAGCAGCGCGCCUGGCUGGAGUCCAUUAAACAUGUUGAUGGUCUGCUGGCAAAACUGAAUCUAUUUCUUGAUGCGCAAGGCGCUGUUGUCCAGGAGGCUUUUAACAACAUAACGCUCAAGUCUGGACUACAUGCGGAGCGUGUGUCUAAGGAGCUAUGCGGCCUGGUACGCCUGCAGCUCUCCACACAACAACAGAUUAGCGGCCUGGAACAAAAGCUGGAUGCCCACCAGAAGCAUGUGCUUCAGAAUGCACGGAGCAUUGACAAUAACAUACUGGAGCUCACCAAAUUGAUAACUCGCGCCGUUUUACCACAGCUAAAUGGACUGCAGUGCUCCUUCGAUAGUCUGGAGACAUCGCAAAUCAACAUAGAGGUGGAGCUCAAGAGUUUGACACGUGUCAAGGACAUUAGUGAGGAUUCCAAUCGCAAGCUGAAGGUACUGGGCGACCAACUGGUCAGCUUGAAUCGCACCCAGGACGCACGUCUCGCAGUCCUCACGCACGCUCUGACACAGCUGAAGCCUCUGAAUACCUGGCAAAUUGAGCACGCACUACGCGAGCUCAUAAUUUCCCAAAAACGCAUUGAAUUGGAUCUGGAGGCUUGCGAGAGACGAGCAUCGCCGCAUUUCGCCAAUCUGCCUAGUUCCGCCUCCUAUUCAGCCUAUGAAAUUAAAUCCCACGCACCAUCACCGCGACGUGCUCAGCCCAGCAAGCAGGUGGAUCUUGAGCAGGUCUGGAAUGCCGAGGAGCAGAACCAUCAGAAUGCGCACGGUAGUCCCUACUACGCUAUCGCCCACGGACAGGCACCUGAACCGAAACCCAAACCCGGCAAGCCAUCAAAUGCUAUGCACAGCCAUUUUGUUGCGGCAGCUGCCAAACCCGCUGGCCCAAGCUCCGUCUCCUGGCAACAGCCUCUACCGUGGGAAGCUGUUUCCUCCUACCAAUCCGGUCCAGCGUCCAAGCCCAAGCCCAAUCCACUAGCAUGGCCAACUGAACCACACUAUCUGUCCGCUUCAGCGCCCGCGCCUAAGCCCUAUCAACCUGGUUCGGGUCGCAGGAGACCCACAGCAAACCAGAAGCCAUGUGCCCAGGACCAAAGGCCGCACAAUCCACCGCGGCACUCAGCUCACGCUAGCUAUGGACCAGCAGCUGCACCAGCAGAGUCUUAUUCCCAGCAAGGCAAUAAACCUGGUCGAGCGACGCCCCAGCAAAGCCAUGCUCCCUGGUACGGUGCCCACUCACCAUCCGACGGCUACUAAGGCACAUCAGCUUCAUGUUUUGUGAAUUUAGCAAUUAUUUAAACUA